AUGAACUAUUUUCUGCUUAUUAAGAAAACCACAGACAAGGAGAAGCAGAGGUCAGAAGACGACCAGAGGUCAGAGGACGGCCAGACGUCAGAGGACGGCCAGACGUCUGAGGACGACCAGACGUCAGAGGACGACCAGAGGUCAGAGGACGACCAGACGUCAGAGGACGGCCAGAGAUCAGAGGACGACCAGAGAUCAGAGGACGACCAGACGUCAGAGGACGACCAGACGUCAGAAAACGACCAGACGUCAGAAAACGACCAGACGUCAGAAGACCAGACGCCACAAGACGACCAGAGGCCACAAGACGACCAGAGUCCACAAGUCAACCAGAGUCCAGAAGACGACCAGAGGUACCAGUCAACUCUACAAGGCCACAAACAAAUUCCUAAAACCAAGAUUACAAUCCGAGGCCAAGUGAUGGACGCGCUUGAGGACCACCUCAGUCCCUCCGCCUCGACUCUCUCUCCACACACACACAACGAAUAUAGAGAAAAGGUAGAUUGCCACAUGCAUAUGAGAAGAACAAGUCCCGGAAUGACUGUGAUUAACUGUUAA